AAAAUGCAUUUUACUGUAAAUGACCAUGUGACUGAGAUAAAUUUAAACUUGGCACACAUCCAUUGACAUCAGUGAUGUGUUUGCACAGUAAUGACAAAAUUUUGGUUGAACAGUGAUAUAACAUAACCCCAGAAGUGAAUGAAUUUAUAUAAUGCCAUCAAUUAUGAGUAAUAUACCUGAUGUUAAAUCAACAAUAGUGAAGGAAGUGCCUGUGGGAUCUACUGCCGUCUUGAACUGUAUCAGUAAUGACUUUAACCAUAAUUUCAUGUUUUGGCUUUUUGACAAAAACAAAGUUAUUGGUCCAGGAAACUUGUAUGAUGAAAGAAAAUACAAAUAUGAAGUUUUAUCCGGAAGACUACAUAUUGAUAAUGUAUCCCCAACAGAAUCUGGCUAUUACAAAUGUGUUUCAAAAAACCUUGAUGGAUCAGGGAUAGCUGUUGGUGAAGUGGAGAUGAUAGUAAAAGGAUCCGUAUUUACAGCAAUGGAUGCUGUGAAGUUAGUUGCCAUUGUUCUGUCUAUCCUUGUGAUCAUUGCUUGUGCUGUGAUUUACUUCAGGCUAAGGAAACAGUGGAAAAAGUAUGAUGGGAGAACUGUUGUUCCAGUGGAUGAUGAAGAUGAGGAAGGCGAUGAAAUAUACAACCGUACAACUACUUCCAUAACAGAACCUGUACCUGGCCCAAGUAGGAACCCAUCUUCUGAGCAUUUGAUAUAUGGCAUAGACAACCAAGGUCUAGACACCGAUUUUAAUUCUGUGUUUGAAAAUAUACAAAUAAAAUCUCCACAGGCUAGCUUGAUAUAAUUUAUUAAUGCAAUACAGUAAUUUUGCUCUAACUCUUAGACUAGGAUAACAUUUAAGUUAUAACCACUUAAAUUAAUUCUCAAAUACAUUUUUAUUAUGUUAUUAUAAUAAGACAAUUUAAAAUUGUGCAUUCUAGAGUAGGUAGGGCUCAGUAAUUUAUAGCAAACAAUAUUGGUGUAAUACAAUAUUAAAAUUUGUUUCAUACUACAUACAUUACUGUGAAUUAGGUAAUUAUUGUUAUUGUAUAAUAGAAGGUAUAACAUGUAGAUAAUGUAACUUCCCUAAUGUAACAUACUAGAAUUAAAUAUAUGUAUAUUUUUUGGC